AUGGUCGCCAGUGCAGUCUACAUCUUGGACGUCAAGGGCAAGGUCCUGAUUUCGAGAGACUACCGAGGAGACAUCCCCAUGUCGGCCGUGGAGAAGUUCAUGCCGCUAAUUCAGGAAGUCGAGGAGGAGGAGCAAACACCAACGCCGAUAAUGUCGACGGAGGACGGCAUACACUUCCUCUAUGUCAAGCAUAUCAAUCUCUACCUGCUGGCGACAACGCGAAAGAACUCGAAUGCCGCUACCAUCCUUCUGUUCCUUCAUAAACUUAUCGAGGUGUUCAAAGAGUACUUCAAAGAGCUAGAAGAGGAGUCGAUCAGGGACAAUUUCGUCAUUAUUUACGAACUGCUUGAUGAGAUGAUGGAUUUUGGGUAUCCGCAAACGACGGAGUCGAAGAUUCUGCAAGAAUACAUCACCCAAGAAUCCUACAAACUCGAAUCGCAACCCCGUCUACCAAUGGCAGUCACUAACGCGGUCUCGUGGCGUGCGGAAGGGAUCAAAUACCGAAAGAACGAGGUGUUCUUGGACGUGGUGGAGUCGGUCAAUUUGCUGGUCAACGCCAACGGGAAUGUGUUGCGGAGCGAGAUCCUGGGUGCUGUAAAGAUGAAGUGCUACCUCAGUGGGAUGCCGGAUGUGCGGUUGGGUUUGAAUGAUAAGGUGUUGUUUGAGAGUACCGGACGAACGGCUGGAAAAGGGAAAGCGGUCGAGAUGGAGGACAUGAAGUUCCAUCAAUGCGUGCGGCUAGCACGGUUUGAAAGCGAUAGAACGAUAUCGUUCAUACCGCCCGACGGGGAGUUUGAGUUGAUGUCGUACCGGCUGAAUACCCAGGUGAAACCGUUGAUCUGGUGCGAAGCGGUAAUAGAAUCACAUAGCGGGUCUCGCGUUGAAUACAUGAUCAAGGCAAAAGGGCAAUUCAAACGGAAAUCAACAGCCAAUAACGUAGAAAUCAUCAUCCCCGUCCCCGAAGACGCAGAUACCCCCAAAUUUAGGGCAACGGUCGGCUCGGUAACCUACGCCCCCGAGAAGAACGCCGCGGUUUGGAAAAUCAAGCAAUUCCCCGGUGGCAAGGACUACGUGAUGCGCGCGCACUUCGGACUCCCAAGUGUUCGGAGCGAGGACCCAAACAAACGGCCCCCAAUAUCGGUCAAAUUCGAGAUCCCGUAUUUCACAGUCUCGGGCAUCCAAGUUCGGUAUCUGAAGGUUGUAGAUAAGAGCGGAUACCAGGCGUUCCCGUGGGUGAGGUAUAUCACCCAGAAUGGAGAUUACUUCCUCCGGUUGCCGGAGCCUGUCAGCAGUUCAAAGCUUGGAUCGAUUCAAUAG